CCCAGGCGUGCCGCGAGCGUCGGGGCGGGGGCCGCUGGGGGCCGCUGGGGGCGCGGGUGCGGUCGGCGGCCUCGUCGUCGCGGAGCUCGCGUGGGCGUUUCGGCUGCAGGUGGCACGCGCGUGGCCCGGGCCUGGCGGGCGGGCGCGGCGGGCAACCCUCGCGGGGAGGUCCCGGCUCUAGGAUUCGUUCUUGUGCCCGGGAGGCCCUGGUUUCGGCGCAGGUGAGGCUGUGGAAGGCCUGGGCCCGUGGGCAGGAGGCAGCCGGCGGCACCAUGGUGACAGAGCAGGAGGUGGAGGCAAUCGGGCAGACGCUGGUGGACCCCCAGCAGCCCCUGCAGGCCCGCUUCCGGGCGCUCUUCACCCUCCGCGGGCUCGGUGGUCCCGGAGCCAUCACCUGGAUCAGCCGGGCCUUUGGCGACGACUCUGCCCUGCUCAAGCACGAGCUGGCCUACUGCCUGGGCCAGAUGCAGGACUCCCGGGCCAUCCCCGUGCUGUUGGACGUGCUCCGUGACACCCACCAGGAGCCCAUGGUGCGCCACGAGGCGGGCGAGGCCCUGGGGGCCAUCGGGAACCCAGACGUUCUGGAGGUCCUGAAGCAGUACUCCACCGACCCCGUCAUCGAGGUGGCCGAGACGUGCCAGCUGGCUGCCCAGCGGCUUGAGUGGCUGCAGCAGCACCGUGGGGAGCCGGCGGUGGCCGGGCCCUACCUGUCUGUGGACCCUGCUCCUCCAGCCGAAGAGCGCGACGUGGGGCGGCUACGGGGGGUCCUGCUGGACGAAGCCCGGCCACUCUUUGACCGCUACCGAGCCAUGUUCGCCCUGCGGGAUGCCGGCGGCAAAGAGGCUGCGUUGGCUCUGGCCGAGGGCCUGCACUGUGGCAGCGCCCUCUUCCGCCAUGAGAUUGGCUACGUCCUGGGCCAACUGCAGCACGAGGCGGCCGUGCCCCAGCUGGCAGCGACCCUGGCCCAGCAGGCCGAGAACCCCAUGGUGCGGCACGAGUGCGCUGAGGCCCUGGGAGCCAUCGCCCGGCCCGCCUGCCUGGCCGCCCUGCGGGCCCACACAGCCGACCCCGAGCGCGUGGUGCGAGAGAGCUGCGAGGUGGCCCUGGACAUGUACGAGCAUGAGACCGGGUCGGCCUUCCAGUACGCCGAUGGGCUGGAGCAGCUACGCGCGCGCCCCUCCUAGAGCCGCCUGUCUGCCUGCCUGCCCGCCUGCCCUGCGGGACUCGGCAUGAGCUGCAUAUAAACCGAGCUUGUGCGGAUCGGGUCUGGCUUCCCCAUCCCCCUGGGCUGUCUGCUUGGCCUGAUCUGGCUGCUUUUGCAUCCUGACUCCCCCAGGGCCAGGCUGAGGUGUGCUGUGUCCCUCAUGGGGGGCCUGGCGCAGGGCUGCAGCACCCGGGUCUCUGGUCACGGCGGUGGGAUGUUGGCGUGGGAACGGGGGUCUGGGUGCAGGCCAGGGCUAUGCUCAGGGAAGUUGGGGUUGCCUUGACCCCGCCUCUUGAGGAACCAGGGGAGCCCGGAAAGGCGCUGUGGGCAAACCCAAGCCCUUGGGCCUGGCCAGGGGCUGGGGCUUCCAAGGGCUGCCCCUGGGGCCUCUGACUCCCUAGCCCGGGACUAGGCAGGGUGGGAAGGUUGUUAGGGGCUUGGGGGCUGGGGAGGGACAAGCAGACCCCGGCCAGUGACCACCCUUGCCCUCCUGCCCGCAGGCCUGCACUCAGUUAUUUUUGCCAAGCCAUGACUCUCAGACUGUGUUGGGGGCUCUGCAGGGCUGCUCUCAGGGAACAUCUCAGGGAGGGGGCCGGGGUGUUUGAAGAGCUCCAGGCCCAUGCCCUGGUUUCAUCUCCGGCCAGCCCACUCCCAGCCUGGCCUUCCCCAUACCCUCAUUCUCACCCAGCCCCUAUUGGGGUUUAGUGGUAUGGCUAGGAGCCCAGGCUGUGGGUUCCCGUCCCAGCUACCCGCCUCAUUCUCCAUGUGCAGCCUUCAACACCCUGUUUUACGGCCAUAAAAUAGGCGUAACCAUAGAACCUAAUCUCACGUGGGACACAUUCCACCUGCUGCGGUCUGCCAGCCAACAACAUCCCUGCCCAGUCACAUGAAGGCAUAGAUGCCCAGAGUGGGGGUCCUUGGGCUGGUUCUGCCACACUGAUGCCUUCUCCUCCUGGCCCUUCUGAUACCAGGCACGCGAGGUCUCCACCCUAAGCAAGUCAUCUCUCUCUCCAUGGGCAUCCUACAAUUCGAUUCAGUUCUGAUGCUCACUGCCGAGUUCACGCUGGGUCCCCUCCUCACUGCUGAUGAUUUGCUCGCAUAGCUCCCAGAGCUCAGGAAAGCACUUGACUUGCCUGUUUCUUAAAAAGGAUGUCACGAGCAAUCAGAUGAGGGGUCCCGGGUGCAGGGGCUUCCUCCCGUGGAGUUUGGGGCACAACCCCCUCUGCCACGUGGAUGCGUUCACCUGCCCUGGAACUUUCUGAGUCCCUUGGUUAGGGAUUUUGUGGAGGCCCCGUGUGCAGGCAGGGUUGGUUCAAUAGGUGGCCAUUGGUGAUUGUCCCCCAGGGCCGAGGGUGUGGCUGAAAGUCCCUCCUUCCUCAGCCCCCAGCCCCAUCCUGAAGCCAUCUGGGAGCCUGCAGUCCCAGGCCUCGUUGGCGAGCCCAGGUGUGGUGGGAAGGCCUUCCUCUUCCUCUGGCCCUUGCCUCUCAGGAAGUUACAGGCUUUUUAAAUUUUACUUUGUUAAGAUUUAUUAUUUUAGAGAGAGAGCAGGGGGGAGGGGCAGAGAGAGUGUCCCAAUCAGACUCCGUGGUAGGUGCGCCUGACACAGGGCUCGAUCCCACCCCAAGAUCACGAUCUGAGCUAAAACCAAGAGUCGGUCACCCAACCAACUGAGCCACCCGGCUCCCCAGGAAGGUACAGACUUUUAAAAGGGGCUGGGGCCCGGGACACACAUUCCCUCUUACCUCAGUGUCGCAGGCACCUCAUGACUGGCCCACCAGCCACCCUCCCUGCUCUCCUCAGAUUUACCUGUCCCCAGCAGCAGAGACCGCGGGAAUUUCUUAAAAACAAGCCUUCCUGACCUCACAACAUCCCCAGGUUCUGUCUCCUGCCCACUUUGUGCUUCUCUGUCCAGCAAGAGCCCCAGGAAGAGCCAAACCCCGACUGCCUACCACGGCUCGCCUUUCCCUCCUACCAGCACCAGCCAGGCUCCGCCCUCCUGUCCCCAGACCUGUCAUAGUCUCUGUCCUCCUCCCCCUCGGGCAGUGUCUCACUGGCCCAGCCCCCUCCUCCUCCUGGGAACUUCUUAUGGGACCAGCCUCCCCUCCCACCUCUCACCCCUCCCCUGGUGCCUAGGCUGGGUCCUCCAGCCUCUUCCCUCCCCAGUCGCUCCCCUCCCGGGCAGCCUCGUCCACUCUCCCCACCCCCACCCCGGUCUAUGGCAGGACGAUGCCCACAGUCCUGUCUCCAGCUUGGGCCUCCCCUGAUUUCCGGACUCGGGGUCCGGCUGCCCCGCUACGUCUCCACUUAGAUAUUGGUGAGGCAUCCCAAACAUAGUGUGUCCUUAGGAUUUCUCAUGUUACCUCCCAAAGCUGCUCCUCCCGCAGGAAGUGGGAACUAUCGUUCCAAGGGCUCAGCCUAAAAACAUCGGGGUUGAAUCCGUUUAAAAUCUAUCCCAGAUCUCUUGUUUGCCCGCAGCCACCACCAUCUCCUGCCUGGACCCGCCCAAUCCCCUCUGCCCCGCCCCCCGCCCCCCCUUCCUUCCCCCAGUCCGUUCUCCCGGCAGCAGCCACCAGAGAGCGCCGGUGAGCACCGGAGCCAGGUCCCUCCCUCCCUGGGGGAAAAGCCCAAGUCCUCCCCAAGGCCCACAAGGCCCUGCACGACCCGCCCCUGCCCUGCCCCUCUCUGUCGCCCACUCUGCUCCAGCCAAUCAGGCCUCCUCAAUGUUCUUCCAACAGGCCCGGCCCAAUCCUGCCCCAGGACUUUCGCAUGUGCUGCUUACUUGGAACCUUUUUCCUUCCCCAUAUGUUUACUCCCGCAAUGAAACAUUUGCUCUUUUGUUCAAACAUCACCCCCUCACUGAGGCUUCCCGGAGCACUUGCACUGACAUCAUGACCUCCUAAUGUUCCUUUAUCCUGUUCCCUGCUUUCUUUUUCUCCAUAGCAUCUGUAGUUUCCUGCACACUGUUUUCUCCACUAGAAUAAGCACCAUGUGAGCAGCGUUUUGUCUGCUUUGUUGUCCAUGACAUGACAGCGGUGUGGCGCUAAAGGAGCAAUCUGGAAAAUAAAAACAAAGCCCUAGUCUGUAGCGUUUGCCAGUUCCCAUAGUUUAAAUCUUGCCACAAUGGGGCCCCUGGGUGGCUCAGUCGUUGAGCGUCUGCCUUCGGCUCAGGUCAUGAUCUCAGGGUCCUGGGAUUGAGCCCCGCAUCGGGCUCCCUGUUCAGCGGGGAGUCUGCUGCUCCCCACCACUCAUGCUCUGUCAAAUAAAUAAAAUCUUAAAAUAAGUAAAUAAAUCUUCCCACCAUGGUCCACUCGUGCAUUUGCUGACCAUGACUUCUGUAGUCAGCACCCACGGGCUCCUGCACAUCACUAAGUGGAUCCCUAGCACCGAGACAUGCCAGGUAAAUAUUUGAGGAAUGCCCGUCCGCGGGGGCACUGCUCAAACAGUGGUGCAUUUAUACACUAACAGCCAGACCCUCAGAGGGAUGGGAAGACCUUCCUGUGUUACAGGAAAGCAGUCCAAGAUUGACCUCCAAAACUCGAAGCAGGCGAAGCCGACUCGUGCAAUCUCAUUUGCAUAAAUGGAGUUAUGUAUGUAAAUUACACAUGGGUGACUUUUAAAAAAAAUAUCCAAGCAUUUACCCAAAGUACUUUCAAUCUUAUACUUCCAUGUGCUACUUGGAAUGUUUCACCAUGGUAUUUACUUUGACAUUUGUUCGGGACGGUGACGGUGACCCCUUCAGAGGGAGCAAACAGCCUGCCCAAGGCGGCUGCUUUACCUGGGGAUAGAAUUCGCCUGGCCACUCUGUUCUGCUCUUGGCUUUCUCUUGCUUCCUGGGCCAGGCAGAAAGUAUAAGGCACUGGGGCGCCUGGGUGGCUCGGUUGGUUAAGCGCCUGCCUCCGGCUCCGGUCAUGAUCUCAGGGUCCUGGGAUCGAGCCCCGCAUUGGGCUCCCUGCUCGGCGGGAAACCUGCUUCUCCCUUUCCCACUCCCCCUGUUUGUGUUCCCUCUCUCGCUGUCUUUCUCUGUCAAAUAAAUAAAUAAAAUAUUAAAAAAAAAAAAAAGCAUAAGGCACUGAGGCAGGUGCA